UUUCAUUUAACGAGAGGGCGGCUGUCCUAGAGGCGGAGCCGCGUGACUCAAACGGAUUGAGACAAAGGGUGUUUCCGUCGCCUUGGCUGAUUCGAGCCGUUCGCGCUGCUCGGGAUUCAGUGCGUGACCGGCACGCGACCAUCCACGGCGUCCGGAGAGCGCGAGAGAGCGAGCGCGAGCGCGACCACUGAAGACGCGUCGGCGGAACUUUCGCGGGGACGGUAGGAAUAAGAUCUUAAUCGGUAACUGCUUCCUGCUACAGUGUGGAGGCCCUGCGGUCAGGAUGGGUGAACAGUUGGACUGUGAGAUGUGUAAGGAAUGUCUGUAUGGGAGGAAGUACAUCCAGGUGGACGAUGUGCCUCACUGUGUGUCCUGCUACGACCGCCUGUACGCCAACACCUGCCAAGGCUGUAAGGAACUGAUCGGCCACAACUCACGGGAGCUGUACUAUGAUGACCGCCACUACCAUGAGGAGUGUUUCCACUGCUCUCGCUGUGAUCGCUCACUUGCUGAGGAACCCUUCGCCUGCCAGGAGGAGGCGCUGCUGUGCAAUGACUGCUACUGCAGCGAGUUCUCCUCCAAAUGCGUAGCCUGCAACAAGAACGUCAUGCCAGGAUCGAGGAAGCUGGAGUAUUCAGGCUCUACCUGGCAUGAGGAGUGUUUUGUGUGCCGUGUGUGUGAGAAGUCUCUGGGCUCACAGGCUUUCAUCCCUGAGAAGAAUGAUUACUACUGCGUCCCCUGCUACGAGGGGCGCGUCGCACCCCGCUGCAGUCAGUGUAAACAGGUCUUGGUGAAGGGUGGUGUGACGUACCAAGGGGAGCCGUGGCACAAGGAGUGUUUCCUGUGCACGGGCUGUAAGAUGCAGCUGGCUGGCCAGUCCUUCACCUCUCAAGGGGACAAUCCCUACUGCAUAAAGUGCUUCAGCAACCUGUACGCCCAGAAAUGCACUGCCUGCAACAAGGCUAUCACUGGUUUUGAGGGUGGGAAAUACGUCUCCUUUGAGAAGUGUCAGUGGCAUGAGUUGUGCUUUAAGUGCUCGGGUUGCUCCGUUUCACUGCUGGGCGCUGGAUUUUUCCCCAAGGGCACAAAGAUCCUCUGCAAAGACUGCAACGUCAACUAAACCUUGUGAAAUGUUGGGGACAUCAGUAUUUUUUGCGGGCUUAUAUGUCAUGACAGACAUUGUAAACCUGAGGGAGAACUGUUUGAUUGGUUGGUUGUUGCAUUGCUUUUUGGUUUUUUUUACCCGACUUGUUAUUCAAAACUCAAAUUUUAACUAAACAGUUGUGCCUGCCAAAUGUUUAGCCACGCAUGUCUGGCUAACCACACUCCACCAGGAGAUUUACAUUUCAGCAAUGCACGAGUAUAGCUAGAAAGUUUUAUAACCUGACUGCACGCGUUAUCGCCAGCACACAUUUACAUGAUUCAGAUAAGUAUAUUUUAGUCUGUACAUAAGCAUAUAUAAGUUCCUGUUUAUGUGUCACCCAAGUACUCUGCUCGUAUUUUAAGAUACCAGUAUAACCAACAUUCUGUGAAGCUUUAAAAUGGUCGUUGAUUACUUUUGCAGCAGCGUGCUAAUAGUUUCGACACUCGGGGCACGUUGUGUUAAUGUGCAUCGUUUUGCGUAGGUCCAUAUAAUUUUUAAAAUGCUAUAAAUUUAAUGUAACGUUGCACUGGCGCGUGGCUUUCAUUAGCUUACUAUCCUGUUACUUUGUCAUCUAAACAUGGUCGUGUUUACACUCAGUAUAAUAAAUACUAUUUAAAUAAACAAAUAGUUCAGUGUAACAACUUGUGCUUGAAAUACUGAAAAUAUAUGUUUAAUCGAAAGUCAAACGCAGUUGAGAGGAAGAUAGCAUGGUCUAUAUCCUUAGCGUUGCUUAAGGAAAAUAAAUUGUAAGGUUUUUUUUGGUCCUAAAGAUAGACGUUGUCGUUAAAACGGCUUUCUUGCUUUAUUAAUAUAUGUGCUUAUGUGUGAUAUACAAUUCCACAUACACAACGGAGCUAUGAUCAGAACAUAGGAAUAAUAUGUUUUUACUCUAAUACUGGCUUCCCUAAUAAAAAAUGUCUAUGCGGCUGUGUGACUUAAUGUUCGUUCACAUCUGAAAAGCUGGUAGAGAUUGAGGACGUCCUGCUGUCUUUUGGGGGAAAGGUUUUAUUAUUAUUGUUGUUAUCAUGUGUCCCAGUCUGUUGUGCUCGGCAGAUCCCCACUACCUCACAGAGAUCUGUACUAAAAAGGGCCUGCGAACAUCACCAACAGUUGUACGGACGAGGAUGAGAACGUGUGGCGGAGCUAAAACAUGCGAUGGCACGGCGUGUUAGAUUCGUCGCUCCGCGCGCAGACGACGACCUGGCCGCUCGUGUGUCGUGUCGCG